AUGGACUGCUCAUGGUCAUCCCACUUGAAUGCAACAAACUCCAUGCACCUGCUGCAACACUCAGGUAUGACCACUCCAAUCUUUGCAUGCAACACUCCGAUCGCGGGGGAGAUUGUCGAGGGCGAGUUGAACGACAUCAAUUACACCAUCCAGCAAUUGAAGCGUGGUCGCUUCUUCGCGCUGGUCGCGUGUGACGUGCACCACUGCGGCUUCGUGGCGGGCGCCGGCCUGGCGGUGAAGCGGGAGGAUGCCAAGCAGCUGGCCGCGCAGCAGGCUUUGGAGCGAUUGUUCUUCCCGGAGGAUCCUGUGGAGGAAGUGAGGCGUUCUGGGAAUCAGAUGCGCGAGCACGAGCUUCACUCUGGAGCAAGGCUUCCGGCCAUCCAGGCCGCAGAGACCUUGGCUGUUCUCGGCGACAAGUUGGAAGAUGUGCAUAUCAGCGCUUUCCAGCCGUUGGGAAAGGCCUGGCAGGCAGCCAUCAGCUGCAUGUGCCUGGACACGCGCGUAACUGGGCCCUCAGCGGACUACGACCGCACAGUGGCGCUCGCUUUGGCCGGGGAGAUGUUCAUGAGCCGCCUUCGCUGGUACAUGCGCGUGCCCGCCGGCGACCCUCACGAGCCAGAGCUUUGGGCGGCCACCUGGGAGCAGCGCCGGGCCUCCCUGGGGAAGCCCUGGAGUGGUAGGACCAGCGUGCUGAAGCAUGAGAUCGUGCGCUUGCAACGUUUGGGCAAGCAAACCAGCGACGAGGACGAGAUCGCCCGGCUCUUGCCCAGUGAGUCGAGAUUUGAGACCUGGCAACAGCAUCUGGAGCAAGCGCAAGUGCUCCGAUGUAGUCGGUUGGCAGAUGCCAAUAAGGAAAAGAAACCAGGCCGCGCUGCGGCGGACGCUCCGCCGGUCGUGCGGCGGAGCUUCCGCCGAGCGAAGCCAGCGGAGGAUGGGCGGCGGAAGGAGCUGCAAGGUGUGCUGCCAGCGGAGCAGGUCCGAGAAGAGCUCGGGCAGAUCUU